AGCAGCCUGGGAGGAAACAGAAGAGAGACCCAGAGAAUCAGCGACCACAACCUGAGCGAGAAAACCAAGCCCUCGUUCUGGGGAUACCGGGUUCAAGAAACACCAGCGCACAUCCCUGAACUGCACCAUCCUCGGGAGGCUGUCUCUCCCGGCCACCUCCAACCUAAGCCUAUUCCAAGGCCCCGGCGGACUGGAGGGAGCGAUAGGGCUGCGCCGGGGGUCCAGGGCAAAAUGAUCGAAGGAAGGAAUCCAGGCACCCACCCUUGUAUCGUUCAAGUAUCUCGCGAGGUCACCACCCCGUUCCCAAACCAGCGACCAGGUGUGAGAUGGGGGCGGGCGGCUCUCGGAGGCAGGGCGCUGCCACCGAGCGGAGAGGAGCGGAGCCCGCGGCGGGGGAGGGAGUCACACUGGUGCUACGACAUUCAAGCCAGGGCCUCCAACUAUACCUGCUUGGGGCCUAGCCAGUGGGGUGGAGACUGCCAGAAGAACAGCCAAUCCCCCAUCAACAUUGUCACUACAAAGGCACAGGUAGAUCCAGACCUGGGACCCUUCUCCUUCUCUGGCUAUGACAAGAAGCAAAAGUGGAAAGUCCAAAACAGUGGGCAUUCAGUAAUGGUGCUGCUGGAGGACGAGGCCUCCAUCGCUGGAGGAGGACUGGCUGCCCAGUACCGGGCUGUGCAGCUGCACUUGCACUGGUCCGAGGAGCUGAAUGGGGGCUCAGAGCAUGCCCUCGAUGGGGGUCGCUUUGCCAUGGAGGCUGGAUCUGAGGAGAAUGAUGGCUUCCAGCCCCUGGUGGAGGCACUGUCUUAUGUCCCCAGACCCGAGAUGAACACCGAGAUGAAAGAGAGCAUCAGCCUGUUUGACCUGCUGCCCAAGAAGGAGAAACUGAGGCAUUACUACCGCUACCUGGGCUCACUUACCACUCCAGACUGCCAGGAGAAGGUUGUCUGGACGGUGUUCCAGGAGCGCAUUCAGCUCCACAAGGAUCAGAUCCUCACCUUCUCCCAGAAGUUGUACUAUGAUAAGGAGCAGAAACUGAGAAUGACAGAAAAUGUCAGGCCCCUGCAGCAACAGGGGCAGCGCCUCGUGUUCAAGUCUCAGGCCCCAGGACAGCUGCUGCCCUUGCCUCUGCCCGCCCUGCUGGUCCCCACAUUCACCUGCUUGACGGCUGGCUUCCUCCAAUGAUUGCUCCCUUCUGGACACUUGACCUCUGCUCUCAGCGUGUAAGAGGCCUGGGGCCUCCAUUCCUCAAGCUUCCUAGCAUGGAUUUUGAUGAUGAUUAAACGGAUAUAUUUUUGGAGAAA